AUGGCUCUGACCAAUGGAGCUUCCCUUGCUCAAACGAACGGACACAAUGCUGCCUCCAGUACCACCCCCGAAUACGACUGCCUGAUCGUUGGAGCCGGAUUCGGGGGCAUCUACCUCCUCAUCCACCUGCGCAAACAAGGCUACCGAUGCAAGAUCUACGAAGCCGGCACCGACCUGGGUGGCACCUGGCACUGGAACUGUUACCCGGGCGCCCGCGUGGACUCCGAGAUCCCCAUCUACGAGUUCUCCAUGCCUGAGGCAUGGAAAGAUUGGACCUGGACGGAGAAGUACCCCCAUUGGCGGGAGAUCAGGCAAUAUUUCCAGCAUAUCGAUAAGGUGUACGACGUCAAGAAGGAUGUUGAAUUCAGGAAAAGGGUCGUCGGGGCGCAGUUCGAUACUGCUCAGCAAAAAUGGAAUAUCAGGACCGAAGAUGGACAGACGACAAAGUCCAAGUUCUUCCUGGUCUGCGCUGGCUUUGCUGCAAAGCGCUACAUCCCUGAUUUCCCCGGUCUCGACACAUUCAAGGGCGAAGUCCAUCACUCGUCCUUCUGGCCAGAGCAGGACGUCGAUGUCCGGGGCAAGCGUGCUGCUGUCAUUGGCACCGGGUCGACCGGCGUUCAGAUCGUCCAGGAAUGGGCCAAGGAGGCGGCGACGCUUACCGUCUUCCAGAGGACCCCAAAUCUGGCCCUACCGAUGCGGCAAGCGAAAGUCACUGCGGAAGAACAGAAUGCGCGCAAGUCAACAUACCCCGAAUUCUUCGCCAACCGGUUAAAGACCUUUGCGGGGUUCCGUUACGAUUUUGUGCCUAAGAAGACCUUCGACGAUAGCCCUGAAGAACGUGAGGCCUUCUAUGAACAGCUCUGGGAACACGGAGGGUUCGAGUUCUGGCUCGCGAAUUACAGCGACAUCCUUUUCGACCUGAAAGCCAACCGGGAGGCCUACAACUUCUGGGCCAAAAAGACUCGUGCGAGAAUCCACGACCCCCGAAAGAGGGACAUUCUCGCGCCGCUGGAGCCAAUCCACCCCUUUGGCACGAAGCGUCCCUCCUUGGAACAGGACUACUAUGAGAUGUUCAACAAGCCCAACGUAGACGUGGUGGAUGUGAGAAAGAACAAGAUCGUGGAGGUCAAGCCGGAUGGCAUCGUCACCAGCGACGGUUCAUUCUAUCCCGUUGAUGUCAUUGCCUUGGCGACUGGCUUCGACUCGGUGACAGGUAGCAUGGCGAACAUGGGUCUUCGAAGCACCAGCGGCCAGCUACUGUCCGAUGAAUGGAAAGACGGAGCCAACACCUACCUGGGCCUCGCGAAGAGCGGAUAUCCAAACAUGUUCUUCCUGUACGGCACUCAUGGGCCCACUGCAUUCUCGAAUGGGCCGUCUUCGAUCGAGCUCCAGGCCCAAUGGAUUAUCGAUGCCGUCAACAAGAUUGUCACCAGCGGUCUGGAGUCUGUGGAGCCGACGCCCCAGGCGGAGAAGGCCUGGAAAGAAAAAGUCAACCAACUCUCGGAUCGGACGCUUUUCCCACUGGCAGACUCCUGGUACAUGGGCGCCAAUAUUCCGGGCAAGAAACGCGAGCAAUUGAAUUUCGCCGGAGGACUUCCGAUGUAUGAAAAGGAAUGCAGAGAGGCACUGGAGAAUUGGAACGGAUUUGUCACGAUACUGCAAAGCGGAGUGCUCAGACGGCGAGGCUAUGACUGA